AUGGCCGGCGCCACGCCGCGCGUCGACUGCCUGGCGGCCUUCCGCUGCCCAGCCGGGGGCCUGACAGCGGGCCGGCCGCGCGUGCUGAGCCUCGGCGCCGAGGUCUUCGUGUCCACCGGCAGCGAGCUCGUCUACGCCUACGACCGGGAGGCCCGGCGGCCGAGCGCGGUGUACGAGUUUCCCGCGCAGGUGUGGCACCUGGAGCUGCUGGCCCCGCGCCGGGCGCUGUGCGUCCUGUGCGCCCGGAGCGGCGUCUACUGCGUCCCGCUGCACCCUCGGAGCAGGUCUGCGAGCCAGGCUGCCGACUACAGUGAGGCUGAGGAGCUCCUGCCCAGCGUGGUUCCCGUGGGCCCAGACGCCUGUGUCCUCCCUGACCCCACACUGUGCGCCUUCACCCUGCUGGACGACAUGCUUGUCACCGUGGCGCAAGGCCCAGCCGCGUGGAAGAUGCAGCUGUUCGAGCAGCUCUGUCCAGGGCCGGAUCCCGGGCCAGGAGCCCAGAUUGGCGAGGUGGCGUUCCCCACGGGCGCCCCCCCAGCUGGGGGUCCUGGGGAGCCCCCGGCCACUCACUUGCUCCCGGUGCUCUGCUGUGUGUUCCCACCUGACUCGGGGGCCCCCCACAGCCACCUCCAGCGACCCAGAGAUGUCAUACUGACAGGGCCUCUCUUUGGUCUGCUGUUUGGGGCCGACGCCACCCUCCUGGAGUCACCUGUGGUCCUCUGUGGAUUCCCUGAUGGCCAGCUCUGCUGUGUGGUCCUCAAGGCCCUGGUCACCUCGAGGACAGCCCCAGGGGACCCAAGGGCUCUUGUCAGGAUCCUUCAUCACCUUGAGGAGCCCGUCAUCUUCAUUGGGGCCUUGAGGACGGAGCUGCAGGCCCAGGAGGCAGCAAGCCAGGAGCUGGGGGGCGAGGACUCACAUGCCGACUGCCUGCUAGCCCUGGGCAGCGAAGGCCGACUGCUGGCCAUCAAGGCCAGCCGGGACGAGGCAGGCAGCCUGACCCCAGAGCUGCAGGAGUUCCGCCUGCCGGGGCCCGUGCUGUGUGCUGCCUGCGGCAGGGAUGGCCGUGUCUUCCACAGCACGCCGUCGGACCUCUGUGUGGUGGACCUGGGCCAGGGGGUUCACCCUGCAGACCCUGCACAACCUGGCCUGCCCUCGCUGCCCUGUCCAUCCAGCCUGAGUGUCUGCAGCGUCGUUGCCCUCACCGUGCCAUCCGUGGCCCUUGCAGAGGACACCGAGCUCUUGGCCUUGUCCGCCAGGGGGCGCCUGAUAACCUGCAGCCUGUCCCUGGAACCUGCCACUGACUGGCCUGAGGGCAUGACCCCAGCCCAAGCUGGCCAGAGGAUUAAGGACCUCCUCUCGGGUAUCGGCAGUGUCUCUGAGAGAGUAUUCUCACUGAAGAAGGCGGUUGACCAGCGGAACCAGGCCCUGACGUGCCUCCACGAGGCCUUGGAUGUGAGCUGCGCCCUGCUUUCCCGCCAGGGCGGCCCCAAGCCCAUCGUGUGCACCACCACCACGGCCUGGGGCCGCCAGGGCGUGCGGGAGGAGCUGACGGCCACCUGCCGGCUGGAGAACCACGGCACGUGCAGCCUGGGCGCCGGCUGGGCCUGGUGCAUCCAGGUGCUCGCGAGUCCCCAUGCUUUCGAGUUGGAUGUGGCCGAUGCCACCACCACCUACACGGUCCCUGUGCAGCAGCUGGCCCCAGGCGCCCAGCGUGAGGUGACACUGUCCCUGAGCUCCGGGGAGGCCAGCGCGCCUGACCUGCCCGUGACCAUCUCCUGUGCCCUCUUCUACAGCCUCAGGGAGGUGGUGGGCAGUGCCCUCGCCCCCCCAGGCUCCGAGGAGGAUCCCCUCUGUGAGGCGUGCCCCCCGGACCUGCUGCCCGCUCGGGACAGCAUCUGCCUGCCCCUUGGCGUGCAUAUCGUGGACCUGCUUCAGUGCCUACGCUUCCCCAGUUUGGCCGAGCCCAGCACACAGGCCCCGGGUCAAGGGGCACCCCCCAGCGACCCUCUGGACACCUUCCUGGGAGCCAGCCACGAGCACGGCACUGAACCACUGGGCCCUGCCGCUCUCCGAGCCAAAUACCUGCCCCCGUCCGUGGCCUCCAUCCGGGUGUCGGCAGAGCUGCUGCGCACCUCCCUGGAGGACAUCCAUGCUGGUGUGCCCCUGUGCUGUGCCACUCUGCAGUGGCUGCUGGCCGAGAACGGCGCUGUGGACAUCGUGCAGGCCCGCGCCUUGUCGUCUGUGCAGGGGGUGGCCCCCGGCGGUGCUGACAUCCACCUCACUGUCCGAGAGGUGGCUGUGACAGACCUGUGCCCUGCAGGCCCCAUCCAGGCUGUGGAAAUCCAGGUGGAGAGCACCUCGCUGGCCGAUGUGUGCCGGGCACACCACGCAGUCGUUGGCCGGAUCCAGACGAUGGUGGUAGACCAGGCUGCCCGGGGCUCUAGCCCACCUGACCUCCGCCUACAGUUCCUGCGCCAGAUCCACGCCAACCACGAGGCGCUGCUGAGGGAGGUGCAAGCCCUGCGGGACCGGCUGUCCCUAGAGGACGAAGCCAGCGCCCGAGCCACCGCUGAGCGGCUCCUCCAGGUUUACAGGCAGCUUCGCAGCCCCAGCCUCGUCCUGCUGUGA